AUGAGGUUCGACCACCUUAAAACCCACAGCAAAGCAACUGCUGCUUCGAUCCUCUCUCCGUUUCAAAUUCACAGUAAUUUGAUUCAUCAACGUUGGAAAUCUAAGGAAACUAAAACUAUCUAUUCUAAUAGAUUAGGAAUCACGUAUACUUCUCGUUACGUGAACACCAAGCACAAAUCGAAUGACAAAGAUGGCUGGCAGUUUAUGUAUAAUAAACGUUUAGAAAAUUUUAACCAUAUUAACAGUACAAAUACGCGAACUUACACCAGAUCACCACACAUUAUUUCAGACACGGCUACGCCUAGUCCAAGUACAACACCUCCCACUACUCCUCCUCCAGGUGCGUGCUCUGUACCUAUGUUGGUAGAUUCGGAUGAGGAUGAUGCUUCCCCUGGUCAUCAAAAGAGAUUCUCAAACUUUAUUAACAAAUGUCAAGCGCACCAAGACAUCUCACCCUUUGUCACUACCUCAGAAAAGAGCAUCUACGUCUUUCUCGAUGAUUGUUCUUCAGGGUUUGGCGUCAUUUUUGGGACCCACCCAUGUUUCGUUUAUUUUACCAGAGUGGCGCCGUCCUCGGGCGGCAUAAUUACUGCAUGCGCAGCUACCAACUGCGUUGAAGAUCCUGUACCCAUAAGAGCUGAAAUGAUUCCUACUGAUGCUACCGAUGGUGAGGUGGUAGAUGCGAUCAUUGGUAGACUGGUAUGGCGAGUCCUAGAAAUGGUCACUGAACUCAGGUCAAAACCAUUGCUCUGCCACGAAGUUUGUCAGAGUGUGAUGGGGGACUGUUGCCAAAUGGUUCAUAAAGGUUCUAUAGCAUCUUGGUACCCGGGUGGCCCUUCGGGGUUAUAA